AUGACCAAGACAGAAUUCAUCACUGUCACGGGAUUUGCCAUAUCAUUGCUGUUCCACGUGACCCAGACUGAAGUCUGUCCUCCCUCCUGCAACUGUAAGCCACUGGGAGAAAUGAAGGGGCUGCACAUCGACUGCAGCUCCAGGAAGCUGACGGCAGUGCCCGCCUUGCCCGUUGACACCAAGAGGCUUUAUCUGCACAACAACAGCCUGACCUCCGUUCCUGCCGGCGCCCUGGACGCCUUGCGCAGCCUGGAGGAGGUGAAAAUAUCUGACAAUCCUUGGAACUGCGACUGUCAUAUUCUGUAUCUGAAGCUCUGGCUAGAAGACGUCUCUGCACCCUCUCUUGCCGACGCCCGAUGCGCAAGCCCAGCUCCCGUGAGGAUGAAACCCUUGGGGCAGCUGACUGGGAACGAGCUAGGGAUUUGUAAGAGGCUUCUCCCAAUCAAGUGUCUGGAGUUCUUUUGGCGAGACCUCAUUUUAAUUGCUGGAGCAAUCAUUACACUUAUUUUAGUAGCAUGGGCUCUGAAAUUCUCAAAAAAGCUGGUCUGCCAAAUCAACUUCAGCCAAUAUGCCUCUAGGCACCGCCUUUUGGGGAGGCACGCCUCCAGAAAUGACAAGAUACGAUGA